UUCCUUCACAUUACGUCAAGAAACUCGAGAGACAGAGCGCGUCCCCUGGAGACAGCACGCGUCCACUUUCCGGUUGCGCUGAGAGCUAGAGAGAUCGGGUGAGGAGCACAACUGGGGAAGAAGCAGGCCAGGCUGGAGUUAAAGCGAGCCGCGGUGCAGAGGAAUGGGAGACGUUUAAUCGGAGGAGAUGCAGCCAGUGUUAGCUGCCAACCUCCACAUUCCCUUCAAUCACAAGCAAGUGGGCCACUUCCUACCCUCCUGUUUGUUUUUAGACAAGUAAAACUUUUGAUUACAACCGGAGACGUGAGGCAAAGGUUCUCUGCAAACCAGGAGAGACAUCAGUGAGUCAUGGAGGACUGCGGUAGCCUCAUAGAGUUUGAUGUACCUGAGUUCAGCAACACCGUCCUGAACCAGCUCAAUGAGCUCCGUCUCCAGGGCAAGCUGUGUGACAUCAUUGUGCACAUUCAGGGCCAGCCAUUCCGAGCCCACAAGGCUGUCUUGGCCGCCAGUUCGCCAUACUUCCGAGAUCAUUCGGCACUAGGCACGAUGAGUGGCCUCUCCAUCUCUGUAAUCAAGAGCCCUGAGGUGUUUGAGCAGCUGCUCGCCUUCUGCUACACUGGCCACAUGUCAUUGCGCCUGCGUGACGUCAUCAGCUUCCUCACGGCUGCCAGCUUCCUUCAAAUGCAGGCUGUGAUUGACAAAUGCACACAGAUCCUUGAAGGUAUUCACACUAAGAUCAGCAUCCCUUUGCCUGGUGGGACCGAUCCAGAAAACGAUUGUACCACCUCAAGGGCUGGACGCAAUGGUUUGAAAGAUGGAGGAAUCUUCGUAAACCCCACCCAGAUUUCGCCACCUUACUAUUCUCAUCAGAAUCAUUGCGUGGAAGGGCGGAGCUCAAGUAAGGGAAUGGCAGAGGAGGGUCAGUCAGACAGAGGGAGCAGCGACAGCAUAUCUGAGCAGGAGGUGUCAAUGGAGGUUGAGUCCGAACAAGUAGACCUCAUCGGCAAGGAUGGACGGGUGACUGAUGUCCAUAUCAAGCUGGAGAAAGUGGAUCGGCCAAGCCACUCCGAUAGCUCGUCGGCAGGUGAUGACGGCUACCACACAGAGCUGGUGGAUGGUGAACAGGUGUUGGCUGUCAGCGUGGGAUCGUACGGGCCUCUGCUUUCCUCUGCUGGAUACACGUACUCAGCAUUACCUUCCUCCUGUUUCGUCAGCCUGAGUUCCUCAAGCCCUUCUCGUUCUUUGCUCAGCAGUGUCCGGGGUGGUCGUGGCCGUGGGAAACGUCUCGUGCCUCUUCCAGCCGAUCUGCUAACUCCGCUCAAGCAGACUGGUGCAGACGAAGGAGAUUCACCUGCGACGACGGCUACCUUGGAGAACGACACAAGGAAGCACAGUUUCCGUGAACAGUGGUACCCCUACAAUGAGCGCCUCAUCUGUAUGUACUGCAGCAGGUCCUUCAACCAAAAGGGCAGCCUGGACCGUCACAUGCGUCUGCACAUGGGCAUCACACCCUUUGUCUGCAAGUUCUGCGGCAAGAAGUACACCCGCAAAGACCAGCUGGAGUACCACAUCCGCGGCCACACGGACAACAAACCCUUCCACUGCCAGAUCUGCGGCAAAUGCUUUCCCUUCCAAGGCACACUCAACCAGCAUUUGCGUAAGAAGCACAUGACCUCUGGCACAGAAGUUAACAAUCACACUGACUUGCUUGGAGAGGCACCAGAUGACCAGAGAGGGGAGCAAGAGGAUACCGCCAAGGGAGAAGCAGCAUGCGGAGCCGCUUACCCCGAUGAUUUGUCAACAAAAACCCCCAGCGAAGAGAGUGGCAAGUGUAGUCCAGAAGAAACCCCUGCAUCCAAACUCCUGCGUUGAUAUUGAGAGAGAAAAAAAAAUACACUUAAGUUGUUUGUCCUCCUCCUCUAAUAAGGAAACAUGAAGGGUCACUCUUUUCAUGAUUUAAGCCCAGCUGUUUUUAAAGAAUGACAAGAAAUAGCCUGCCUUGAGCAUUUUCUACUUUUGUGGAAGUUCUACACAGGACAAAGGUCGAGAGAAAGUUUUUAAGGAGUUUUUCAAAGGGAAGGAGUCCUAUAAUCGGUGAAUUAAAUAAUCGGGGUGGAGGUCACUGUAAUCAAGGCCUCUUAAGAGUUUCAUCACAUUUUUUUAUAUAUCUAUAUCUAUAUAUUUCCAUGUUUUUCAACAUAUUUACAGAGUAAUAUAGGCAUGUUGCAAUAAUGAAUAAUGUGAAAGCUCAGAUUAGAUGCUCGUCAAUAUCACGCUUUUACCUGACCUGUUUUUGCACAUUUGGCCUGUAAUAGGUCACUCACUCGAGGAAUGGUUUAUCUGCCAUUGCAAGGCUCUUUGUGACACAUCCAUUUAAUACCUCAUUUUACAACCUCAGCAUAAUCAUAAUGGACAGUAUUUGUAGCUUGUCGUCAACUCCAGCCAGGUUUUACCUCAUAGCAAAGAACCUGAACGGAGGGGAAGAAGCUUCUCUCAGUAAACUCCCAUUUGUUUUGCCUUCAUAGGGUUUGAAUGAAUGCUGCGAUGAAACCCCUGAACAAAACAUCUCCACUCUACAAAGGCUUGAUACUUCAGUCAAAUGUUCCUUAGUGAUUGUAUGCAUUUUACAUUAAUCUUGUUCAGUUCUUCUGAGAUAUAAGAGAAUAUUGUUAGUACAAGGUGUACCUGUGGAUAAUUUUUUCUGGAUCCAGGAACUAACUGUUUUUUUUGUUUUUUUUGCCAUAUUUUUCAUAGAAUCACCGUUUCUCAUUCUAGUCUUUCUGUAACAUUAACCAUUUGGUUUCAGGUACAAUAUCAACAGUAUAAUCACUGAUUAGUGCUAGAGUAGCAGCACAGUAAACAAUAUUAUUCAGUUAAGGAAUGUGUGCCUUUAAAAUUAAAGUUAUAUUAAUAUAUUUGUAGAUGUGCUUCUAAAAGUGGUGCGGGAGUCAUGCAAGUUAUAAAAAUUGCCUUAGGGCCAUACCGCCUCGGAAAGAACGUCACAAACAAGUUCUUUGUGAAAUAUAAUUAAUGUACACACUCGAUCAGUGGUUGGAAUUUCAAGAAGCUCUUCUUGUGUUUAGCUUGCUCGAAAGCCAAAACGAAUAGUGUUUCAGUACAGAAAUGUUUAAUUGAAGAAGAUUCACUUACCGCCGGUAUGCUUAUGUUAAUGUUAUAUAGUAUGGAGGUGUAGUGUAGGGUUUCAAACAACCAUAGAUCAUUAAUAAGAUAAACCUGCAGUCUCAGUACAACUGUUCUGGGCACUUUUAUAUAUUUAGUAUUGUGAAAAGAGAGCCCUGGAUGCCUAUUAUCUCCACAAUCGCUCUUAACAUCCAUUUUCAUUGUUAUGUAACUGGUGCUAAACGUCAUACCUCAUUUUUUUUUUCUUAACCUGUGAUUGAAUAAGGCUCCUUGUUGUCUCACAUGCCAAUUGUAGAUACAUUUUAUUUCUUAUCACCACACUGUCUUAUUUGAUUCAUUCUAACGAAUAAGAAGUGGCUACAUACGAUGCAAAACAAUUAAAAUGGCGUUUUGUUGUGAGCAAUACACUAGACUUAUAUUUUAUAGUCCUCACUACACUUGAGCAUCCACCUGCCUGAUUUGAUUUAUGGCUCUUGGUGCUCAGACAGAUAAAAACAUGCCUCACUUUUACAAGAUUCAAGUUCUUUCGACUGUGCCUAACAUGCCAUUUGGAAAUUUACUUUAUCACACCCUGUCGAAGUUAACUUAACAACCAUCAGCCAGGCGUAGUUGAUCUUUGAAAUAGUCUGAACCGCAACCAGAGUCACGCCUUGGACGAAACUCGUUUCUAAGUACGCCAAGUUAAAAUACAAAGUGACUUUAUUAUGUUCACAUUACGGUGCUGUUCUGUGUUCAUUUUCAGUUUGUUACUCUCUUUAGUGGUGUUUUCUCGUAACAUUUUUUUUUUUUUUUUUUUUAAACCUUCAUUUAUAUCACAGUCAGUUUUUUUCAGAUUUCAGUAUGUACUUCAGGACUUCUGCCCAUUUUCUCUCUUUCUUUAAAGUCAAUCAAUUUUAUUUAGCUCAAAUUGCUAAUUUUAGAAUGCUUAACUAUAUUCGUGCCAUUAAAAUCUAUUCAUGUGUUUUAUGUUACUGGCAGAUGAAUGAGAAUGAACCUUUGAAUCAGUUCAUGGCAGUUUUAAACAAUGAGCCAAUGUGAUAACUCUGUUAAAACAGUUAACACGAGCCGAAACCCUGAAUGCAGAACACCUUGUACUACUGACAGUGUGUUUGGUGUCGUUUUGUGGCAUGAGAUGCCUUGAAUGCCAUUUGAUACAUUGUAAGCCUGCUUUGUUCCCUGAACAUGUUAAGAUUUGCUCUGUUCCUUUAGUGUAAUGUUCCUGUUCAUCUUAGAUAAUGUGAACGUGACUUUGGCCACUAACCAAAGAGCAAACCAAAAAUUGUAAGGGGUUUGUGUGGUAUGUUGCACAGCAGAUUAAAGAGAGACCAAAACCAAGCCCUGGAACAAAUGAAUCCGUUUUAGAGGUGUCAGUAGAUCUUCUCUGUCUCAUGCUGGCUCUAACACCUGGUGGGAUUUUAUAGCAUUGGCUGUCAUUUAUUUCACACAUUGGUGUUAGGUAGAUUUUCUUUUAGUUGAGCUAAUGUUUUACAAUGAAUGAAGCUGUAAGCUUUAACAUUUGAUGAACAGAUUUAGGACGUUGUUCUGUGGUCUUUUAAGAAUGAUGGUACAAACAGAUUUUUAUGUUGUGGAAGUCGAUUGAACUGGUGCCUUGAUGUGAAACUUAGUCUUCACUACCGUUUGGGGUCAGUAACAUUUAUUAUGGGUUUUUUUUAUUAAAGAAAACAUUUAUAAUGUUACAAAAUAUUCAUUUUUCAAAUAAAUGUUUUAACUUUCUAUUUAUCGAAAUUAAACGGUAACACUUUACAAUAAGGUUCAUUAGUUAACGUUAGUUAACUACUUUAGGUAACAAAUUAAAAAUAAAAAAAUAUAUAAUAAUUCUACAUCAUUUAUUAAAUUUUGUUCAUGUUAAUUUCAACAAUUACUAAUGCAUUAUUAAAAUCAAUAGUUGUGCUGGUUAACAUUAGUUAAUACACUGUGAAUUAACAUGAAAUAAAGAUGAGUAAAUACUGUAUUGCUCAUUGUUCAUUCAUGUUAAUUAAUAAUAUAUUAACUAAUGGAACCUUAUUGUAAAAUGUUACCAAAGAAUCUUUAAUAAAAAAUAAAAAAAAUGGUUUCCAUAAAAAUUCUGAGCAGCAGCACAACUGUUUUCAACUUUGAUAAUAAUAAUAAGAAAUGUUUCUAAAGCAGCAUAUUAGAAUAAUUUCUGAAGGAUUGUGGGACACUUCAGAAUGUUCAGAAUUCAGAAUGGUCAUCACAGGACUAAAUUACAUUUUAAAAUAGAAAAUAGUUAUUUUAAAUUGUAGUAAUGUUUCACAAUAUUACUGUUUUGUGUGCACAAGAGACUUUCAAAAACAUUAUGGUCUUACUGACCCCAAACUUUUGAAAAGUAUAGUGUGUGUAAACACUUAGUCCACAAGGGUUUUUAUUUUUAUUUUUUGUCGCCAUGCAAGAUUAUGGGAAUGAGAUGAGGGGUUCCUUCAAAGAAGAUGGAAAUGUUGUUAUUUAUCACUGUAUCAGCCUGGUCUUUUGUAAAAAAAAAAUAAUGGUAAUAUGCAAAAGCAAUAUGCCUGUUGAAUCAUAAUCAAAGGGUUCUCUCUGUACAGUUGCAUUUGUUUUAUUUUUUUAUCAUUCUUAUUGUUUCUGUGGGAAAACAUCCUAGUUUGGAGAUCGAUAUGCAUUGAAGCAACAAAGAUUUCACAUCAGAAUCAUUAUGCAGUUUCGACAGAUAGUGAAUAUGCUGAAAUAAUAAAAUGGGACAAUCAAACAGCUUCACAAUACAGAAGCUUCCUCUUAAAAAUACGUUUUAAAAAAAUGUAGUCGGUUGAUUUUUCUUGGCUAUAAUCUCAUCAGAAUGAUGAUGCUUUCAGGUUAGCAUAGUGCUGUAUUAUGUAUAUUGUUUCAUCUGGGGGGGAUAUGCAUGCCGGCCCACUUAUUGUUCAAGUAAAAUUGCAUGGUGACCUCCGCGUUGUAAUACAGACUACAGAUUACCUUUCAUUUUUGUCUUAAAACUUGAAAGUGAAAUUAAUUUAUAGCUAUAUCUCUUUUGUUAUAUUUCACAUGGCAUGCACUUAAUUACCUUUUUUAUUUUUUUAUAUGUAUUAAUGUAUUCCAUAAGGGAUUAAUCGACCAUGUAAUGCUCCCAAUUUAUGGGACUCAUAAGGCCUCAAAUAUUUUAUCUCCUGGGAUUUGUUUCCCUUUUAAUGGUGCUUUACGACUGGUCAGGUUUCGUUUUGGUUUUUAUAAUGUUUAAGCAUAAAGAUGUUAAAUCGGUGAUAUGGGGUUAACAUAUACUUGUAAAUAAUUUAAUAAAGUGUUCUAAUAGAAUCAUACUUCUCCAACUGACCUGGACACUCACGGUCCAAAUUCACUCGCAUGUUCUCUUAAAACCAGUUCAGUUUGUGCCAUGUACAAUAAUCCAAAAAGUGUUUACAGGGAAGGCUGUUGGACUACUUUUUGAUUGUGCAGCUCGUCAUUUUUAACUGUUGAAAACUUACUUCAGGUAGUUUAUGAACACUGAGCUAAACCUAGAGAUAUUGAAGAAAAGGAAAUCUUGAAGUCUUCCAUUGGUCCUCCACUUCCAACAUGUCUUCACUGUGUAAUAUGCAAAAGCAAUAACCUUUUUAUGAGCAGUUCUCUUUUCUUUGGUGUCUGUCUCAAAAUGAAUGCAUUCAGGAUGUCAGGGAGCUGAGGUCAGUUAUUACAAGUAGAGGAAUUUUUUUUUUCUUUUUCAUUUUUAAGAUACACUGUUUACGUGAAAACUUGGACAGGUUGGGCAAAUGUGCUUCUACAGAGCGGCUUCUUUUUUUGUGUGUGGUUACCACAGUCUACAUUCUGUUUGUACUUCAUCUACCUGCCGCCUCAGUGUCACUGGUGAAAAGUUGUAUCUAUUUUAAUCUGUAUUAAAUAAGAAACGGAUCUUUGAGAGAUGUAACCGGCCGCUAUGCUGUAUGCUAAAGAUCUUCUUUCUUAAUGCAUCGAGAUUGCAGAUAUGUAUUAUGGCAAUACAAGAUGUAGAUGAGUUUGUUUCUUCAUCUGAACAAAUUUGAAGAAGUUUAGCAUUACAUAACUUGCUCUGUAGUCAAUGGGUGCCGUCAGAGUAAGAGUCCAGACAGCUGAUAAAAACAACAAUGCACAAGUAAUCCACGACUCACACAAUUUCAACUGGCUCUAAUCAAUUAACAUCUUGUGAAGCAAAAAGCUGCGUGUUUGCAUGAAAAAAAGCCAUCAUGUGGUUUUGAUUUUAAAUUGUAGUGUCUGGCCAAAAUCAGUCUAUAAUUCAUAACUCCUUAUCCAGUAAAAAAGUCCAUCCUCUAUUGUCCUCUAACAUUAAAAUCUACUGACAUAUUGUUUAUAACUGUUUUGGCCGGUAAGUAGUUUUGGCCGGUAAGUAGUAAGUAGUUUUUGAUAUGUGCCUAUUUCUCUCCUGAUUCAGAUAAGAUGACUUUUUCAUUGGGAAAUGCAAUACUAUGCCUAGAGGACUCGUAUUUUAGUUGGAAGCAACGAUCUGAAGUUAAAAACAUGCAGCUUUUCACUUCUGAAGACAUUAAUUGAUGGACUAGAUUGUGGAUUAAUGUUUUUAUACUAUCAUUCUGACGGCACCCAUUUACUGCAGAGGAUCCAUUGGAGAGCAAGUAAUGUAAUGCUAAAGUUCUCUAAAUCUGUUCUGAUGUAGAGACAAACUCAUCUACAUCUCGGGUGGCUUGAGGGCGAGUACGUUCAUCAAAUAUUUCAUUUUCUUUUCACCCAAACUCUGUCAGACUCUUGUUCUCUCAUGUAUUCGGGACAUUGCAAAAAGAAAAGAAAAAGAAAAAAAGUAGAACUCAGGGUUUAAUAGUAUUCAGAAAAUGCCAUUUCGGAUGUGCAAUGAUCUUUGUGUGUCCAAAACUUAAGAUUGCACUUUUACUUCAGGAGGGGAAACGAUUCCUCAGUCAUUGGUUCCCAAAACUGUCUGCCUCAUAGGUGUAGUAAAAUGCACCUACAUGUUUCUGUUUCUUGCUCUUCCUGAAUGCACCACUGUGGAAAGCAGAUCUUUAGCUCCUUUCAGAUAAGUAGCACUUUGUCCAACUUUCUGUCAUCCACUAUAUGUACAACCUCACAACCCAACUGUGAACCUCAGAACUUUACUGUUUUAUACAACUAUGAAGUACAUGAAGCUAGCUGACACCGAUGCUGUAACAAAUAACUCACCAUGUAUGAAUUUUAUUUUAUUAGCAUGAAAUAUAUAGUUAUAUUUAUUCAGAUGAUAUAUUUUUCUCAUAAUCAUUCUGUGAUGCUUUUUAUUUUCGUUCUUAAGGCUUGUAUAUUGCUUUUUUAUGAUACAAAGAAAUGUCAAUAGAUUAAAAAAUGCAUUUGUUUGUACAAUAAAGAUGCUGAUUUGGCAAAA